AUGGAGAAGCUAAAGUGGAUAGAUAAGAUACCAAAUGAAGAAGAUCUAGUACUCAAAGAAAGAUAUCUACUGAGCACUCAAAGAAAGAAAACUGGAUCGGACCCAUUCUGCAACAAGGGCGCCUUCUACAUGACGUCGUCGAAGUUACAGUUUUAUACUAAGCAGGAGAAAAUUAUAUAUACUCGUCCAAAAAUAAUUCAUCCUAGAAUAGUUGUACUUAUAAAUGAUUUGACUUCACUUUUAAGAAUGCCGUCGGUCGAAAAAUGUGAUGAUGGUGGAUUAAGGGUCAACGGUAAAGGAAAGAAAAUGCGCAAACCCCGGACGAUAUACUCAUCCCUUCAACUGCAACAGUUGAAUCGGCGGUUUCAACGGACGCAGUACCUCGCGUUGCCUGAACGAGCAGAACUUGCAGCCAGCCUGGGACUUACUCAGACACAGGUAAAGAUAUGGUUCCAAAAUAGACGCAGUAAAUACAAGAAAAUGAUGAAAGCAGCACAAGGAGGUCCCGGCGGUCCUGGAGCUUCACUGGGCGGUCUAGGCGUUCCUGGUGAACAAAGUCCUCCAGGAAAUAUUCCCGGCAUGCAUGGAGGAAGUAGCAGUGGAUCACCACACUAUCUCGGUACGUCAGGAGGCCCAGGUGGCGUGGGCGGUCCAGGUGGUCCCGGUGGUCACAGCCCCACACCUUCAUCCACCCCUGUAUCGGAGCUGUCACCAGGGUUGAGUCCGCCGGGAGUACCCUGGGAUCACAAACCUCCUCCCGGUCCACCUCAGCAACCGCCACAACCGCCACAGAUGGGCGGAUAUGUUCCGCAGUACUGGUACCAGCCGGAGUCAAAUCCAGGACUUCUGACGGUAUGGCCAGCAGUGUAA